AGGGGAACUCCAGUAAAAAUCACUUUUUUCUUUUUUGUUUUAUACGUACUCAGAAAAGCAUAAGAAAUCAAAAAAAACUUACUUCACUUGUUUUCCUUAUUUAAAAUCGUUGUACUAGCCUUCGCAUAUUCAAUUUUUUUCUUAUAAAAAAACAGACAGGCGCGAUUUCAUUUAGGACUGGACCCGAUUAUAAACAAUGACAUCACAUCGUGCAGAAAGUUUAAGCGAGCGCAGAGAACGUUCAUGUUAAGACCUCUGGCUUACAUUUAAAUCGCUUUUUGUAUGUAAAUUACGUUUAAAUCUUUAAAAAAUGGUUAGUUGCUCUGCGUUUGGAUGUACCAAUCGAUCAGAAAAGUGUAAAGAAGUCAGUUUUCACAGAAUCCCGUCUGUGAAAAAGAAAGAACUCAGACAAAAAUGGCUAAACAAAAUACGUCGUACAGGUGAUCUACCAAGCGAUCGAAGUUUUUAUAUUUGUUCGUCGCACUUCACAGAUAGUUCUUUUAAAAGGGAUCUCCAGGUAAUAAUCUUCCAUAUUAAAAUAUUGCCACUUCGUAAAAAUGCCAUUUUAGCUAGUCAACGCGAUCAAAGUUUCUCAUUUCUUCUUCAUUUCAUUAUUUGUACUUAUAUCCACAACACAACCAAAUAACGUUUUCUACAUAUUUAUAUUAUAAAAGAACAUUAUACCAAUUUCCAAUACAAAGUUAUCUAGUUAGACAUGUAUCUUUCGUAGCGCUCGUAAGUUUCUAUUCUUUGUUUUUCAAAAAAGAAGCUUUUUGAUGGAAGGACCUGCCGAAUAUUUUCAGGGGGUAAAUGUGCCCAUUUUAUUAGCAUCAUUUCAUCGGCGCUACUUCUAAUCUUUGUUUAUUUAGGCUGAACUUACUGGUAUCAAAAGAAAGAGACAGCUGACCGAGGAUGCUGUUCCAACAAUUUUUUCUUUUAGUAAGCCUGAAAAUUCAAGAGAAUCGACAUCAAAAAGAUUGGAAACUUUCGCUAAAAAACAAUGUGUUGCAAAGGCUUUAAGUGUGGAGGAUGAUGUUGACCUUGAAGUAUACGCUGAACAAGAAAUAAUUUCAUUGGUUAAGGAACAAGGCGUUAGUGCAAUUGUGGAAACGGUAGAGAAAUCGGUUGGUGCCAAUACUUUUACCAGGUCCGUUAGAACACAAUGUGAUCCCUUAGAGGCAAUUCAUCCUGAGAUACAACCAACGAAGGAUGUUUUAAAAGUGAAAUUUACUCUUCCGCACGGACGAUGUAAGUCUACUAACACCGACCUAUCCUUUCCUCCGCAAGCUGACGUGACAUUCUUGCUGAAUGCAAAUAUGGAAAGUGAUCAUGAUAUCGUCUCUGGUGAUGAGUGCCCUUCUGAUGAUUCUUUAUACUCACCGCAAUUACAAAUUCACAUCGACGACAGUUAUGAUGAAAAUAUCAGCGAAGAAGAGUCUUUUGACACUGCUGAAUGUAACCCAGGGCUCAAAAGCGACGCACAAUUUCUUGUUUUCUGGUCUUGUCUGUUGACAUUAUUUCAAGUUUGUUUCACGUGUUUACAAAAAACGUGCAUUACUCGUGUGGUAAAACGUGGAACUCUUAUCAUUGUUACUAGUAUUUGUCCAAAUAAACAUGUUUUCAGCUGGCAGUCUCAACCUAUCGUAAAUGGAAGAGCAGCAGGGAACUUAUUACUUUCUGCAGCCAUAUUGUAUUCCGGAAACACAUACGCCCGCAUUGCCGAAAUGAUGAGUAUUUUGAGGCUUCAGUUUAUCUCUAAGUCCACCUUCUAUGAUGGUAUGAUCGCGCGCACGCAGCUGGCUGUCCUUGAUUUUAACUCGGGGACUAAUUGUGAACAGGCUGUUACCAAAAAAGGAGUACUCCGCUAUAAACAAGUCUUUUCACGAGUAACACAAUCCUGGGUCGUAAAAAAAAUUACCGAGAAGAAAGAAAAGGCGUAUUUAGCAGAAUUAAUGACGGCUACUUUGGAACCAAUCGACAACGAAAAAGAUAAGUUACCACAAACAGGAGAAAUUGCUGAAAGAAUAACAGAGGUUGAAAAACCCGACAAAAGCGAUGCCAUUAAAGCCAUCAGGACAAGAUUUAAAACGUGACUUUUUUAUUUUUUUAUUUUUAUUCAACUUUCUUUGAAUAAAACAUAUUUUUCA